GGUAGCUAGAAAGUGAUUUGCUGUGCCCACUUCAUUUCCAGGCUUUGGUGUAUAUGAGAUAUAGGAGAGACAAAUGUCAUUAAUUGAGAGGGCUGCACUAGGAAUCUGUAUGCUUGUGUCAGAGCUGGAUUUCAGUUAGAGCAAAAUGAAAGCAACAUUCAGCCAUGGAGGACAUAUAUUUUGCUAAAAAAAAAAAAAAAAAGACUCAAGGUUCAGCGAUUUAGCUAUUUGCUCAGUGUCACCAUCUAGUGGUGGGGAUUGCUGAACUUGGGAACGCAAGUGCUUUUUUUAAUUGCAUCAAACCAUUGUUUUUUUUCCUUUUAAUCUAUUGUUUUUAAUGUUUCACAACAAUCGUAUACCAACAAACACAAUCUCAAAAACAAAACAAAAUAAAACAAAAACCAAUUGACCACAGUGCCCCAACAUAAACACUGUUCUUAGUGCUUUAAGAAUGGAUUCUGCUCUCGCAAUGCAUCCUGGGCCUUGUAGUUUCUCGCCUGGGCAUCAGGAAGGCGCGGAUGGAGCAUUGCACGACGGGAUUUCUAGUUGGCGGCGGAAGUUUUUCUGUUCUCCCCGGAAGCUCUUGUAGAAGCGCGGGAGUCUCGGUUCGUGGUGGUUACACUUAGCUGAGUUGCGUUGCGGCUUAACGAUUUUCCGUUUCCUGGAGACGACGGCCAUUUAAGGCGAAAUGGCAUCGGGCGAUAUGGGGGGUUAAACGGUGGCGGUAGAAGGAGAGCUGCGCUCUCAGGCCGCUCGAAGGUUAGAAAGUUGAGGUGGCGAUCCCGUCAGGCGGCGGAAUCGUUUGCGCCCGCGCUUUCUUCCUCUGCAGCGACACUGCCCGCCGCCAAGAUGAGCUCAGCCAGGGCCACUUCUUUCGAGAAGGAGCAUCUCUGGAUGUAUCUUCUGGCGCUUGGCUUCGAGCCUGGCCCGGCCACCGUCGCCUGCGGAAAGAUCGUUUCGCACACGCACCUCGGAGUGCACAUGUUUGACAAGCAGAACCGUGAUGCCUUUCAAAUAGUUUCCUAUUUUUUGUUCCAAACUCUAGACCAGUCUUUCACCAAAGAAGUUUUCAAACAUUGUUGGCCUCCAUUUGACCGAAAAAGUGAAACUGAAUUUCGGAAACAUUGCUAUGAAUGGUUAAAAAAGAUUUCUGUUGAAUGUGGAAGUAACUUUCCUCAAGUUGUUGGUUCACUAUUUCUUUCUCCUGGUGGUUCUAAGUUUAUUCAUCUGAUGUAUCAUUUUGCAAGAUUUGUUGCAAUAAAAUAUAUUCAGUCGAAUUCUAAAAAUUCUUCUAUACGUUUUACUGAACCAUUUAUUGGAAAGUCACAAGAUUUGCAUAAGUGCAUUGCCAGGUGCCAUGUAGCACGUAACAGAUUUUUGCAGAUUUUGCAAAGAGAAGACUGCGUUAUCCGAAAAUAUCAGGAAAAUGCACAGUUGUUAGUUAAACAAAUACACAGUUUGAGAACAGAAUGUAUUGGACAGCAGAACCAAAUAAAGAAAAUGGAACUCUGUGAUGACCAAAUUAAUAUACAAGAGAAAAUUCAAAAGGUUCGAUCUUUAUGGGCUUCAGUGAAUGAAACACUUGUGUUAUUGGAAAAAGAGAGAGAAGUUGUCAGUUCAGUACUUAGCCUUGCUAACAGUUACACUUUAGAUGGAACUAAUGUUGCUAUUAAUAUUCCAAGUCUCUUACUGGACAAAAUUGAGAAACAAAUGUGUCAGUUGCACAUAGGAAAUGUUUAUGAGGCUGGAAAAUUGAACCUACUAACAGUUAUUCAGUUAUUGAAUGAAGUUUUGAAGAUAAUGAAAUAUGAAUGUUGUCAGUCUGACCAAGCAAAACUGACACUAGAUCUUCACUUCCUGGAAAAAGAGGCCAAAAUCCAGAAAGAAAGAUUAUCAGAUCUGAAGCAAAUGAGGUGUAAAAUAAAGGAAGAUCUUACAACUAUAAGACAGUCUGUUGUUGAAAAACAAGGAGAAUGGCAUAAAAAGUGGAAAGCAUUUCUUGGUGUCUCUCCUUUCAGUCUAAUUAAUGGUUCAACUCCAGCAGUGGAUCUUUUGCCGCCUAUGUCUCCCCUUUCAUUUGAUCCUGCCUCAGAAGAAGUAUAUGCAACGAGUAUUCUUCUUAAGUAUCCUGCUUUGCUUCCAGAUACACUGAAGCAACAAAACCAAGAAAAUGAUUGUGGAAGAGCUAGUGAUAUGCUGGGAACUGGGUAUGAUCUAGCAAACAGCUCUACUUCUGUCUCAUUGCAGCCAGCUUCAUCAUCAGAUAAAAGUACUGUUACACUUUUUGAAAAGGAUGUGACUGUGAAAACUCCUAGAGAGAAAGAUAAAGCAGUUUCUAAGAGAAUACCAAAAUUUGAAGUGGAAGGCUUUUCAUCAUCAACUACUGCAAAAACUGUGGAGAGUAGUGCAUUUGGAGAGUGUUUGCCAACUAAAAAAAGCAGUCAUUUCCAGAAAGAACAGGAUCAUCUGGUAGAAGAGGUUGCCAGAGCAGUUUUAUCUGAUUCACCACAACCCUCUGAAGGAAAAGAAGUAAAAUUAGAGGAACUAAUUGACUCUCUAGUUUCUAACCCCUUUUUAACAAGAAAACAAAUUCCCCGAACUCCCGAAAACUUGAUAAAUGAAAUUAGGAGCUCAUGGAGAAAGGCGGUUGAAACAGAUAACCGAAGCGCAGAUCCAAUUCAAAUGGACCCUGAAUCUGAAGUAUUACCAGAAUCCUCACCUGUGUUGCACAAUCAAGGAGAAUUUGACAAGAACAACUUUUUCUUAGCAACCACUGUAUCUAGCCAAUCUCAUUUGCCUGAAGAGGAAUUUAUUACAGAUUGCCUUGUGAGUGUGCCUCAGAAACAUGCCAGUUACAUAGAUAAAUCAGCAACUCAAAAUCAGUCAGAUUUGUCAAAUAAGAAAAUAACUUGCAAGCAAAACUUGGAAUGCACAUUACAGAAUAAGCUUUUAGCAACUAGCCAGAGACAGACAUUUUCUCCUGCUAUAGGCAGUAGGACUGAUGUGAUGGGUAGCAGUGAAGAGGAGCAUAUUAAAGUACUGAAUCACUCGAAAGUUUCUCAUCAAGAACCUUCCAUUUACAAAACUAUGUUAUGGGAUUCUUUUCAAAUAUCCAGUGGAAUUAAUUCCGGGAGUUUUAAAGAUACCAAUUUUAGCAUACUACAUGAGACUCUUCCAGAAGAAAUGGACUGUUUAAGUCUUAAUAGUUCCAGUUGUACAGAGUCCAGUUUUAAACUGGAACCAAAUAGUCCUAUGCCCAGUGGUAUUUUUCCAGAAGACGUGGAAGUAAAACAGACUACUCCAAAAUCAGACUUAAAUUUAAAGGCUAUUUGUAGUAGAUAUGAAGCUUUAAAAAAAUCUCUGUCCAAGAAAAGGGAAGGAACACACCUCUCUAAUCCUGAAAUGUUUGGAAGAUACAAGCUAGAAUUGAGCCCUGCUCCUGAAGACAUGCAAAUAGAUGACAUGCUUAACAUUUUGGACACCAAGGAUGUGCAUAUUGACUAUACAAAGCCAUCUUUACGCAUGUCUCUUGGUGAAAGAAAACGUUCACUUUCACCACUAAUUAAGUUUUCUCCAGUGGAACAGAAAUCAAGGCCCACAGUUCCAUGUAGUUUUGGAGAACUUCUGCCUAAUUUAGAAGAAGAAGAGAUCCUGAAUAAAAGAUUUGAAGCAAAGGAAUCUUCAGCUGACUUGAUAUAAGAUGAAGCAGUAGAUCACAGAAUAAAAACUGACUUCUGGGGCCAGGUGGUAGUGUACCCGACUUAAGUGCACAUUUCACUAUGCAUAGGACUUGGGUUCAAGCCCCUGCUCCCUACCUGCAGAGAGUACACUUCACCAGGAGUGAAGUAAGUCUGCAGGUGUCUGUCUCUUUUCCCUGUCUGUCUCCCUCCCCCUUCUCAACUUCUCUGUUCUGUCAAAUAAAAUUGAAAAGAAAAAAAAUGGCCACUGGGGACAGUGGAUUGUAGUGCUAGCACCAAGCCCUAGCAAUAACCCUGGUAGCAAUAAUAAUAAAAAAGUUGACUAUAAUUUAGAUACACAUUGGAAGUGUAAUGUUUACAAUGUUUAAAAAGCCCUAAAUAAUGCCUUUUAGACUUUAGGUAAUAAAAAAUACAUUUGUAUUUUCUUUCUUUGUAUAUGUCUGGAAACAGGUUGAAUGUGAAGUGUUUGGAAAGUAAACACCAUUAUUGAUUUUUUGAAAAAUCUUGUGAACAUUGUCAGUAGCGAAGUAGUAGCUUAAUUUAUUGUUAUCUUUUCAAUUAAUUAACAUGUUUAUUAUUAUUUUUAUUUAUUUAUUGGACAGAGGCAGUCAAAAAUUGAGAGGAAGGGGGGAUAGAGCAGGAGACAGAGAGACACCUGCAGCACUGCUUCAGCACUUGUGAAGCUCUUUCCCUGGAGAUGGGGAUCGAGGGCUUGAACCGAGGCCCUUGCACAUUGUAAUGUGUGCACUUAACCAGAUGCACCACCACCUGGCCCCUAGUUAAGUAUUUUUGAUGUACUUUUAUUAAGGAUUUAAUAACACUACACUGACAUAAAUACUGCUGUCUAACUUUAGAGGAAUAUACAAUCUUUAUUAUUUUUAAUGAAACAUUCUUACUAAUAAGAGGAAAAUAGUGCCUUAGGAUGUAUAGUCAAAAUGAUAGUUUGAGAAUGCUCUAACCAGGCUUAAUUUACUCUAACCAAGUAAGCUGACCCUGAGAAAUGGUAUUUGGUAAGUCUUAAGUACAGGUGGUAAGUGAAGAAUGUGAAAUAAUCAGAGAAAAAAGGAAACAAGUGGAUGACUAGAUAUUUAAGAAACUACUAGAUCAUUCAGUUACUUUGAAAAUAUAAACCCUAUAGUUUUUUAUAUUUUUAAGAAAAAAUAUAGCUAAGAAAUUCACAAAUUUUUUUGGGGGGUGGAGGCGCUUUUUUGAGAAAGGAACUAAUUUCUGUUAUGUUACUUUGCUUCACAAAAACUGGCAUUUCCACAGUGCCUACAAAAUAGCUUCAGAAGGGCGUGGGUAGAUAGCAUAGUGGUUAUGCAGAGACUCUCAUGCCUGAGGCUCCUAAGUCCAAGGUUCAGUCCCCCGUACCACCAUGAGCCAGAGAUGAUCAGUGCUCUGGUUAAAAUAAUAGUAAUAAAAAUAGCUUCAAAAUAACUUUAGAAAACUGAGGAGAGGGUAAAUAACUUAAUCAUUAUCAUAUAAUUACGUCAAUGUUGAAACCAGUAGGACAUGGCCAGGUCUUAACACGACAUAGUUGGAGGAGUGGAACACUUUAUGAUCUGGAUCCUGUCUUCCUGCCAUGCCUCCUGAUGCAGAAAAAGGCUUAUCUUUAGUAUUCAAGUGAAUACAUACCAUUCAAAAGGAAGGUUAUUUGAAGUUAAAGAACAAACUGAAAACAAAAAUUUAAGUAUUUUAAAGCUAUUCUUCAGUCUAACGCUCUCCCAACUGAGCUAUUUCGGGACAUUGAAGCUAUUCUUUACCUUAUGUACUUCCUAACCAUUAUCUAUGAAGGCAGUUUUAUCUAAAGGAAAAACAAGAUUUCUUAAAUCUACGCUAAAGGAAACAUUUCCCCUAUUCUGAAUAUACUAACAUUAAAAAAAGAUAUUUAAGGACAUUUUUCUCAUUGUAAAGAAUUUGCUGUGUGACAGGGGAAGUGGUUACAGCAGUAAAGUGAAGGGCUUACAUGAGCAAGGUCCCAAGUUCCACCCCUGGCAUAGUCUAUGCCAGAGUGAUUAUAUGGUUCUCUCUCAAUAAACGCUUUUUAAAAAAGUA